AUGUUUGACAACACGCAGUACCCCUAUAACUGCUUUAAUUAUGAUGGGGAUGAUUAUCCUACCUGUAGUUCUGACGAAGAGAAAAAAUUCACCCGACCGGCGUACAGCUACAUUGCCUUAAUUGCAAUGGCCAUCCAGCAAAGUCCUUCAAAUAAAGUCACCCUCUCUGGCAUUUAUGACUUUAUAAUGAAGAAAUUUCCUUACUACAGAUCAAAUCAAAGAGCCUGGCAGAACUCCAUCCGACAUAACUUAUCGCUUAACAGUUGUUUUGUAAAGGUUCCCAGAACAGAAGGGAAUGAGAAGGGGAAAGGAAACUAUUGGAGCUUUGCAACGGGAUGCGAAUCCAUGCUGGAUCUCUUUGAAAACGGGAAUUACAGGCGAAGACGGAGGAGGAGGAAUGUGAAAAGGGAACAUAAGGAGCAGAGACCAAGCAGAGGGAAAAGUCCUUCAUCCCCCGAUAUGUCUUCUGUGGACUCUGCUUUAAACAACAUUUCUUCUUCUGAAAGUAAACACGGAAGAACUGAAUCGGGCCCAAGACUACUGGAGCCUCGUGGGUUUGCUCCAAACAGCGUGACCAACAGGCAAAGCCUAAGCAAUUCCUCCUUAGCAAAAUCGGAUUCUGAAAUUAAAUUCAGCAUCGAUUACAUCCUCUCAGCCCCUGACCCUUUGCCUGUCGUGAGAUCUCAAUAUAAUAGGCAAGAAAAUAAAUAUCAUCUCCUGGAGGCCCAGCAAAUUAAUCUCCAGUUCUGGACAAUGUGA